AAUGCAACCCCCAUGUCACGUCGAAAUCAAAGCUGUCAGCAAAAAGCUGUGUCUUAAACUUUGUUUUCCAUAUAAGUAAUAUCAAUUCAUUGUGGAGACACAUUUAUUGAAAGAAGUCAUUAAUUUUGAAGGUUAUUGCUACGAAAUAGAAAAUGAACAAAUUGAAUUCUGCUUUGCUGCUACUUGGCGUAUUUGUAGCAACUUUGGCACUUAGUCCUGAAGAUCUCAAUUGUCCAGUUGGUUUUGACUCACAACUUUUUGCAAACAAUGAGAAAGUCUGCCAGUUCUGCACUGAUGAACUGAAAAAUGAAACGACUUUUGAAAAAUGCAGCAAAAAUUGUUUUCGUGAAGAGUUUUUCACAUCUUGUACCAAAUUGAUGAACAAAGAAUACUUUGAAGUAGAUGAUGUUGAAGAGUCGCCUCAAGAAAACGAUGGUUUCCUAUAGCGGUCAGCUUAUGCUACCAAAAAUGAUUUUAAAAACAGAAACUUGUUUGUGUAUUAAAAUGAACCUUUGAACUAUGUC